UAGACCGACUUCGAUCCGUUUUUUUGAAGAGACAAAACUUAAAUGGCUUUUAUUGAAAGAAUUAUGACUAAAAUAUAAAAUUUUAUUUGUACAUUUAUUUCUUUAUUCAAUAUUCUCAUGACGAAAUCAUAAAGGCAAUAAAAAAAUCUAACGAAAAGUAAAAUUCAUUACAAUGUUUUUUCUCUAAAAACAACAGGGUGAUAGAUAUUAUUAGUUCACAGAGUAGGUAUAAUAUUCUCAAGAAGGUAGAAGUGAUACAAGUUUGUUUGUAAGACAUUUUUUGGGGUAAAUGUUUGUCGCAGCUAAUCGGAAAAGGUGAAUGAAAACGUGCCUUCCAUACAAUAGAUUAUUCAGGCGACGGAGCACUUUCGCUGCUUUUUAUAUAUUCCAAUUUCACUUUUGUAUCGGUGCUUUAAAUCCGUUGAGACUCUCAAUCUCGAUUACUUAUAUUAAUUAAUCCCUUGAGACGUUAUAGCAGUAGGAAGUAACUUAGCUAUUCAUAGGUGAAGAAAGGACAUAGUUAAUAUACCUACCUAAUGCAUAAUCACAAAACGCAUUAACAUUAACGAGAUUCAACAUGGCGUAACGUUUUUUUUUUUUGUUAUUUAUUGUUUUGAACCCUUUAAUUAAGCUCAUUCGAUGGCGAUUGAAGAACCAUCUUUUCUAUUAAUGUUAUCACGAUAAAUAUAUUAUCUGCAUUUAAAGUGUAAAAUUUAUAUUUUAAACUUAAGUUGUAUCAUUAGACAAAUUCCAUUUUUUUUAUCAUUUAUACAUUCCCUGUUUGACUAAAAUUGAUACGUAGUCAUACUCAAAAACAAUUUAUUUACCCGUUGAAUUCCAAACCUACAGAUAGUAAUUGUUGUAAAAUUCUGUAUUCUUCACUCCCUUAUUAACCCCAAAUUUAGCCAUACCAAAGUCGCAGCAUAGUAUUUUAGAAAUUAGCACCUGACGUACACUUGUUUAGGCAACAGGUCAACGACAUGUGGUCAUUGGCGACCUAGAAAUCUGACAAUGACACUUUCUUGAAGGUAGGUAUUUUCAAUUCAUCGCACAUUCGGUUACCCUUUCAUUUCCGAUGAAUAACAUACUGGUUUGGAAUUACGAGAUGGGUAAGGCAUUGUUUACGUGUUCUGUCAUGGCAGAUUGCGGUCCACGGUUAAAAUAUGCAUGGGGAGAUGCGUUGGAAAGCUCGGAUUGUCCUGGUCCAGACGGCUCGCCGUAUCCUAGACAUCUUAUAAACCGAGCCAUCAAAUCUGGUCCUUGGAGUCAGUCGUCCCGACAGGGGAGAGCCGCGCGGACACUGGACCCAGCCAUCAUGAGACGAGCGCUCCUGGACGCUCAUAGCUCGUAUUCUGAAGGCUCGACUAGCGCUCAGACUGCUAAUAAUAGAACCGGUCGAGCGGUUAAUUUACCAACGAUACCGUCGUCCGCACAAGCCGGUAACACCUGCGGCGGUGGCCGUCUCUGCAAGACCCGUUACAACACAACUGCUCCGAUGUACGGGGUGUCUUUGACUUCUGGCCAACCGGUCACCAUAGUUCAAAAGUUUCCGGAUCUGCUUCAGCAGGUCGUCUUUGAAGUAUGCGAAUCCAGCGAAUGUUCAGUAAUACGAGGCACGUGCACGCAGACGUACGUCCCCUAUUUGUUCCUGGUCCUUCCCCUGGGGCCUGUGACCUUCACGGGACAAGACUACGUUCUGGUCGAGUCCGGAUGCGUUUGUCGACCCAAUCCAAUGCCAUAGAUGCCUCCGUCAAAACACUUCGACUUACGGUUCGAAGGCUCAAGAGGGUAGUUUAAAAUAACACGCGAAUCGCUCAAAACGUUUGUUUGUUAUGAAUUAGUUAAUACUCAUUUCGAAUUAUUGGAAUUAGAAAAGUGUGGACUGUUUGAAUUGCAAGGGCCACUUGUGUUCCUUACCAUCUUACUUACUACUCAUGGCGCUGUGGUGACAGCUGUCUGUAUGUGAGGUAAAAACUAUCUCAUCGCAUACAUUCAUUGAAAUAUUUAAUCAAUCGAAUCAACUUACAAAUUACGAACAAAAAGACUUCGGAUCGGCUUAGUUAUCACAGAAACGGCUAUAAAUUAUUCUCAUCACAGAGUUCAUGAUGCAAAUCACAAAUACUAGAAUAGAAAUUCCGGUUGUGUUUAUUAUCAGGAGACCAUAAUUUCGAAGAAGUAAUAAUUUCAAAAAUAACUUCGUAACGGUGGUAAGACCUCUUGUGAGUCCGCGCGGGUAGGUACCACCGCCCUGCCUAUUUCUGCUGUGAAGCAGUAAUGCGUUUCGGUUUGAAGGGUGGGGCAGCCGUCGUAACUAUACUUGAGACCUUAGAAGUUAUAUUUCAAGGUGGGUGGCGCAUUUACGUCGUAGAUGUCUAUGGGCUCCAGUAUCCACUUCACACCAGGUGGGCUGUGAGCUUGUCCACUCAUCUAAUCAAUAAAUAAAUAAAAACGUAAGUUGUAGCCGAAGUCCAAGUACCAGGAGACCAUAAAUGCAAAGAGCUCAAUCACAAUGAAUGUCCGAUAUAGGUGACGCACUCUAAAGGAGGUGCUCCCAGUUCAAUGUAAGCAUCUUCGCGGAUUCGUCGUACAUUUUCAACAUUUAUUUCCUGUUUCUAAUUAUCAAUUAAAAAUCAUUUACUCUCAUUGACACACAUAAAUCUUGUUUUCCGGGACAGAGAAAGUUUGGAAUUUCGCAAAUAAUGAUUUUAUCUCGUGCUAUUUAUGAAAUACUUUAACAUUCCUACGCGGCGAUAAUUUUACGAAGAACGACAGUGUUGCAUUUAUUAGGUUUAGAUCUUCGAUCGACAAUGUAAUGUUGUUGAGAAAUACAUAUUUUUAAUUAGUUAAAUAUUUUUAUUAUAAUGAUGAUUUUAAGCGUAUUGAGAGUGAAAUUUCGGAUCCCUAACGAAAAUAGUCGUUCGCACAUGUUGUGAACCCUCAAGAGCACACAAUGAGGUUAGACUUUACAGUAAUUUUUCACGAUCUUGUAUUUCAGCAGUUUUGUUUUAGUGCAGUUACUAGGCAACAAAUUUCAUGUUGAUUCUAAAAUCCGUCCGAGUUGCAUACAAAAACAUUAGACGGUCGUUUAAGUCCAGUGACAUUCUUUAUGACUAUUACGAGAAGGAUGUAAGCGCAUUUUACAGGAAGCUAUAAACGUUGUUGACACGUAUAAAUGUUAAAAAGUAAUUAUAAACGGGAUGAGCAUAAGAAUUAACACGAAUUUCAAAAAUGAUAAUGGUUUUUUUUUUAUCUGAAUAAAACAAAGUGCUUCAUAUUCAGUAUGUCUGUUGCUUAACGUUUUAUAGAAAAAAUUAAAACAGUUCGUAAGAAAAUCGUUCCCGCGCAAACCAACAGUUACAAGAAGUCGUACUUUUGGUGAUUCGGGUAUCUAUUCCAAUGUUUUAACAAAAAUAAGAUCAAAUCUUGUAUAUCUGUUUUUCAAAUUACAAAUAAUAAUAUGCUAAAGUAAUGUAGGUAGGUAAUCGUUAGGUUUUACUUGUGUUAAUUGCUUUAGGUUCGGGGUAAGAAUAGGGAGUGCUAUUUAAUAUAAAAUGAUUUAUUAAUUAAAAAACUUUAUUUAAUUUGUAGAUCAUUUUAUGGAUCUUUUAUUUAUGUAAUGCAGACUGAGUAUUAUUGUUACUGUGUAAAAUAUUUAACUAUUGUUUUUUUUAAAUCAUACAUUUAUUUAUAAAGCAUUUUUAUGUAAAUCUAGAUUUUAUUUUCAUAUCAAACAUGUUUAAUAAUUUUGUUUUGAUUAAAAUGUAUUAUUAA